AUGAAGUGGACUGUUCUCUUACCUCUUUUACCACUCGUGCUCUCCGCACCAGCCCCGCAAAACCAGCAAAGUGACACUCCUCCUACUUCAGCUGCUCAAAAUGCUACUGCAGCAACAGCGACAGCCAGCGGUUCUUCCUCCACUUCCACAGGUAGUUCUUCAAACAAUAACAGUAGUGUUUCCGCCCAUCCGACCGUAACGAUCUAUCCCGAUACCUCGAAUGGUAUGCCCAUUGACAUCACCGGAGUGAACGUAGCGGAAGUCGGACAGGAUCAUUAUUUGGGUAUACCAUACGCGGCCCCUCCCGUCGGUGAUCUUCGUUUCUCACCUCCUCAAAGUUACAUCUACAAUUUCAGUGUGACUGCGCAGAACCAACCUCCUGCAUGUCUGCAGAACCCCAGCGGACUGGCCGGAACGCAAUCAGAGGAUUGUCUGUAUCUGAACGUCUAUGCUCCACAGGGUGCUAAUGCUUCGACCGUUUGGUUACCUGUAAUGGUCUGGAUCUAUGGAGGAGCUUUCACUAGUGGAUCGAUCGAUUUAUAUGACGCUACAGCUCUUCAAGCAUACGCGGAUAAGACUGGCAAACCGUUCAUCUUCGUAGCUCUCAAUUAUAGACUCGGUACAUUUGGAUGGCCAUAUGGCUCAGGAUUCGCCGAGAACGGAGCUGCCAAUCUCGGUUUGAAAGAUAUCAGAAAAGGACUUGAAUGGGUUCAAGAGAAUAUCUGGGCGUUUGGUGGUAAUCCUGAUCAAGUGACAGUCUUUGGUGAAUCUGCAGGUGCUAUCGCUAUCUCAACCCUAUACCUCGAUGAAAACAUCAAUACUUUCAAAGGUGCGAUAAUGGAAUCUGGUGCUCAAUCUACUGCACCCAUUGGUCCGACAGGUAGUACUUGGGAAGAUGCCUAUCAGUAUUUGCUUCAAGUUACCAACUGCUCUGCAACCUCAUCGACAUCCGCCAAUUCCACUUCUGGUGUGUCGUCAAAUACCACUAGUACCGCCAAUGCUACUACUGCUAGUUCCGCUACUUCUAACAGCACCUCAAGCGGGUUGACGGGAUUCGAAUGUCUUAAAGCUCUUCCUGCAGAUGCAUUGUUGAAAGGUCAGUUGGCAGUCAAGUCCAAUCUGCUCUUUGCGGGAUUCAUUUACGCACCAAGUAUAGAUGGUGAUCUAAUCCCCGAUUCACCUCACACACUCCUAUCUCAAGGCAGAUUCGCCAAGAAACCUUUCAUCUCAGGAAACAACAAGGAUGAGGGAACAUCUUUCGUACCUAAUUUCGUCAACUCGACUGAAACUGGUCUUCAACUAUUAGCGAUCCUCAGUCCUGUCGAUCCUGAUAAUUCCACUUUGGCUCAGUUGUACUCCCUCUACCCUCCUAAUCUGUCUUUGGGAUCGCCGUUCGACACCGGUAACGAGACGUUCGGAUUCUCCCCAGCUCACAAGCAAAUAGCUGCCAUCCUGGGCGAUGCCCAAUUCCAGGCACCCCGACGAUACUUCCUGGAACAAGCUAAUGCUCAUGGGUUGGACCAAACUUGGACUUAUCAGUUCGAACAGAACACUCCUGGACAGCCCCCAGCUAGAGGUGUAUACCACUCUAGUGAGAUUCCAUAUGUAUACGGUCAGACUAUCCCUGGGCAGAACUUGACUGCAUUGGGCUUCGGAAGUAAUUAUACGGUUGAGGAUCAACAAUUAUCGUAUCAGAUGAUUGAUUAUUGGUUGAAUUUCGCAUACUACACCAACCCCAACGGACCUUCAUCCAACUCGAACUCGAACUUCACCAACUGGCCAACAUAUACCUCUGAAAAGAAUAUUUUGAGAUUGAAAUCUAACAAUGUCACUGUGUUCACCGAUAAUUAUAGACAGGAACAAAUGGAUUUCUUCAAUAAUAAUCCGAAACAGUUCAGCUAUAAGAGAUCGUUCGCUAUCAGUGGGGUGCAAAGCGGUUAA